AUGCUCCCUCUACCCGGGGUCAAUGAGGAUUCGAUGCCGCUGGACUCAGACAUCUCUGCAGCGGCCACCGAGAACCAGGACCAACAGGACGGUAUUCGAGUCGCUGAGGCAGUGACUGUCUCCUGGUCCAAGAAAUCCCUCAUCAUAACAUAUGCCUCUAUGUGGAUGCUAUACUUUGUCAAUGGCCUAAGCAACAACCUAACCUCCAACCUUUCGGCGUAUAUCACAAGUGAUUUCUCGGAAUACUCGCUGCUGACAGUCAUCAGCGUUGUGACCAGUGUGAUGGGUGCUGCAUGUGUGAUGCCAAUUGCAAAGGUUCCAAAUCUGUGGGACCGUACUCCUGAAAUCUCCAUCAUGAUUUUGAUUGCCAUCAUGGGUCUUAUUAUGAUGGCUGGCUGUUACAAUAUCACAACGUAUUGUGCCGCGCAAGCAUUCUAUACGGUUGGCUUUACCGGUACGAUUUUCAGCGUUGAUGUGAUUACGUCGGAUACUUCCUCACUUCGCAACCGUGGUAUUGCAUAUGGCUUCACCUCGUCGCCCUAUAUCAUUACUGCUUUUGCCGGAUCACCCCAUGAGUUAGCCAAGCGAAAGGCAGGUAAGGACGGUCGAUUGCAGUAUAAGCCUCGUAGCACUCGGACAUGGUGGCAGAGUGUAUGGUUCUAUAUCAUCGAGUUUGACAUCAUCGGUAUCUUCUUGAUGAUCGGCGGAUUGAUCCUCUUCCUCACCUCUUUCAACAUUGCCGGAAACACCAAAGGAGAGUGGAAAUCGGCUAAGAUAAUUGCCAUGAUGAUAGUCGGGUUUUGUGUCCUUGUUAUAUUCGUUGCCUAUGAGCGCUGGGGCGCACCGAAACCACUUAUUCGUUUCUCGCUACUCUCGAAUCGGACUGUUAUCGGCGCUUGUCUGUUGGAUAUCACAUAUCAAGUUUCCUACUACUGCUGGGUUAGAUACUUUACCUCUUUCCUACAGGUGGACUUCAACACAAGCCUCACCCAGGCGGGUUACAUCAGCGCGAUUUUCGACUUGAUGGACCCCAUCUGGCUUAUUGGCUGUGGCUACCUCAUCCAAGUCACUGGCCGGUUCAAGUGGCUGCUCAUGUUUGCCGUUCCACUCUACCUGUUAGCUAGUGGCCUGAUGAUCUAUUUCCGCGCCCCUGGUCACAGUGUCGGGUACACGUGCAUGUGCCAGAUCUUCCUGGCCGUCGGUGGCGGCACCAUGAUCUUGAUUGAACAAGUUGCUGUCCUGGCAGCUGCCAAACAUGAAGACUAUGCAUCUACGUUGGCACUGCUCAGUGUAUUUGGCAAUGUGGGCGGUGCUGUGGGCAGUAGUGUAUCUGGUGCCAACUGGACCAACACGCUUCCGAAGAAGUUGCGCGAGUUGUUGCCGGCGGAAACAAAGGAUCAGUGGGCGGGUAUUUACGAGUCGCUGGAUGUUCAGCUUAGUUAUCCCGUGGGCUCGCCUACUUGCACCGCCAUUCAAAACGCGUAUGCGUUCAGCCAACGGAACAUGAUAAUUGCCGGAACCGCUGUGAUGGGUCUGUCCAUUGGCUGGGUUUUGAUGAUGAGAAACAUCAAGGUGCAGGACAACAGGAAUGUAACACAGGUUCUAUUUUAG